AUGCCUCAGCUCCUGGCUAACAGCAGUUCGCAUGAACAGGCUGCUGCGUAUUACGCAUCAGAAUCCAUCAUCUCCAUUGCUAUCUUCAUUGUCGUUUUCAUCAUAGGCGUGCCAGGCAAUGGAGUGGUGAUCUGGGUGGCUGGUCUGAAAAUGAAAAAGUCUGUGAAUAUCACCUGGUUCCUAAACCUUGCCGUGGCUGACUUCAUGUGCUGCUUGUCUUUGCCGUUUUCCAUUGUCCACCUCCUCCUCCAUGAACACUGGCCGUACGGUUGGUUCCUCUGCAAAGUCAUCCCAUCAGUCAUAACCUUCACCAUGUUCGCCAGCGUCUUCCUACUGAUGGCCAUCAGCAUCGACCGGUGCCUCCUCGUGAUGAAACCUGUCUGGUGCCAAAACCAUCGAACGGUGAAAUUCGUAACCCUGAUACAGAGUUGCAUUUGGAUCCUGGCCUUCAUUUUCUGCUGUCCCAUCUUCCGCUACCGUGACACUAGCACUGAGGAUGGCAAAACUGAGUGCGGGUACAGCCUUGGCGAUGAUGAGGCGAUAGAUUUUAUGUAUGAUUCUGCAAAUGCAUCGGAGGCCUACUAUGGUAAUGACUCAUGGCAGUACUACUAUGAAGAUGGUUAUUCUGUAUCCCUUGCCUUCCUGGUAAUAAACAUCACCAGGGCCAUCUUUGGCUUCGUACUCCCCUUUGGCAUCAUGGCAGUUUGCUACGCCCUUAUUGCCUUCAGAAUGUGCACAAAUCAGUUUCAGAACCCACGCAACAGGAUGCUGCGAACAAUUGCGCUGGUGGUAGCUGCGUUCUUCAUCUGCUGGGCCCCGUACCAUGUAGUUGGGCUUCUGUCCCUUGUACCUACUCUUGGAACAGGAGCGAGGGAGUCCUUGUUCCUCUGGGAUCACCUCUCUACAGCCCUUGCAUACGCCAACAGCUGCAUCAACCCCCUGCUCUAUGUUUUUGUGGGACGUGACUUCAGGGCAAAGGCACGGCAAUCGCUGCAAGGAAUCUUGGAAGGGGCCUUUACUGAGGGACCAACGCAUUCAGUCCCUCACACCCUGGACAAAAGCAAGACUUCAACAGAGAAGGACACAAGCAGCACAGUGUAA